CUCAGGGAUUGUCACUUAUGGUUGUGCAGAAGUCACACCAGCAAACGGAAUAAGCGAAAAGUUAACGCGGACUCGACAUCUUUUUGUUUUUUAUUUUAAUCUCAAGAGGGAUUACUUUGACUUUAAUUGGAGAUGGCACCGUCUCUCUCACAAGCAUACAGAAGGCGCUGGUGGAUGGCCGUGACAGCUAUAAUUGAAAACCUGCUCUUCUCCGCAGUGCUGCUAGGAUGGGGUUCACUCUUAAUUAUGCUUAAGGCUGAGGGUUUUUACUCACAUUUGUGCAUAGAAAAUGCAACUGAGAAUCAUGUUAACAGAAGUUUGGAGGAGGACUCUGUGUGGUUGAGCUGUGUUGAGCAGGAAGAGGUCCUAAAUCUCGGCUUUACGAUUGGCUCAUUCAUCAUAAGUGCAGCCACUCUGCCACUGGGAAUCCUGAUGGACAAGUAUGGGCCACGCCCCAUACGGCUGAUGGGCAGUUCCUGUUUUGCCUUCUCAGUGAUGUUGAUUGCAGUAGCAGCAUAUGAUCCUUCAAUAUUAUCGCCUCUCAUCUUUAUUGCUGUCUCCUUUAAUGGCUUUGGGGGGAUAUGUCUGACCUUUUCAUCAUUAACGCUCGCUAACAUGUUUGGAAAUGUGCGUUCCACCAUUCUUUCACUCAUGAUUGGUUCCUAUGCUUCCUCUGCAGUUACCUUCCCAGGAGUAAAGCUAAUCUAUGAUCUAGGGGUGUCAUUCCACUUGAUCUUCUGGGUGUGGGGAGGCAUGGCAUGUCUCGUCUUUCUCAACUGCAUAGUUAACUGGCCGGUGGAGUCAUUCCCUGCUCCCGAGGAGAUCAGCUACACUAAAAAAGUCAAGCUGAGUGGUGUAGCAAUGGAUCAUACAGUGACAGGCGAUCGCUGCUACACUCACGAAACCACUGUAGAACAGGAAAUGACUAGAAAACAGAUUUUUGAUGAAUAUAUACAAAGCACUGGAGCACCUCAACAAAGUCAGGGUACCCAGCCAUUUCGCCGGUCUGUGUGUUCUGCCAUCUUCUUGUGGAGUUUGAUCACCAUGGCAAUGACCCAGCUCCGCAUCAUAUUUUAUAUGGGGGCCAUGAAUAAGAUGCUGGAGUUCCUGGUUACACACGGUGACCCUCAUGCUCCUGAAGAGUUGCUGAAAGAGUCAGAAGAACAAGUGAGCUUCUACUCAUCUGUCUUCGGCACUAUGCAGCUGCUGUGUCUCCUGACUUCACCUCUUAUUGGGUACAUCAUGGACUGGAGGAUGAAAGACUGUGAGGAGGACAAUAACUUGGUGGAUGGAGAGAAAAGGCCACCCAAGAGAGACAGAAAGAUCCAGAAACUCACCAAUGCAAUCCGAGCUUUUAUCUUUACCAACCUCUUGUUAGUGUUCUUUGGCAUCACAUGCUUGAUAGACAACCUUCCUCUCCAGUUGGUGUCCUUUGUUCUUCAUACUGUUGUAAGAGGAUUCAUCCAUUCUUGCUGUGGAGGACUCUAUGCUGCUGUGUAUCCAUCUAACCACUUUGGCACUCUGACGGGCCUGCAGUCUCUUAUGAGCGCUGUGUUCGCUCUUCUACAACAGCCACUGUUCGUCUGUAUGCUGGGUCCACUCAGGGGAAACCCUUACUGGAUCAACUUUGGGCUGCUGAUUUUCUCAGCCGCUGGCUUUCUGUUGCCAGGAUACCUGUUUUAUCAUCGCAGGCAACUCAUUGAACAGAAGAUGAUACAGGACCAGGCAGCAACUGACCAAUUAGCAGUUGUCCUUAACCAAUCAGCAAAUGGCCCUGAUAAACUCAGCAGUGAUGUUCUUGAUACAGACGAAGUUUAAGAAGGAACAAUAUAGCAAACUGAUUUGUGAAAAAGGCAGAUGCAUUUUUGCUUUUCUGAACAACAAACUUGAAUUCAAAUCACUGAAGCUUUCCACGAUGGACAUUUUUAAUUAGACAUUUAGGGAAAUUUCUAUUCAGUCAAACGUUGGGAUCAAUUACAAAAAGGUCCAGAAUUUCCAAUCACACAAUUUGUAAAAUCUACAGAUGCAACUUUUAGGUCUAGCGACUGAACCAGUAGAAUUAUAUAUAUAUUUUUUUAUAAAUAUAAAUAAAAUAAUAGACUUUAUUUACCAAGCUGAAUCUGAAGAUAUUUGUAAACCUCGCACAGGGGAAGUUGCACGAAAUGUAUAUGUAUUAAUGAAAAAAAGCUAUUUGUUCAGAAAAACAUUUGUAUUCUAUGAAAAUCUUUUUUACAAGCAGACUCAAUGGCUUAUUUAGAUUAAUAAAUUUUUGAAAUAUGAAUAACAUUUUUUAAAUAGUAAAUGUAAUUAAAUAUAAGCAAAACAUUAUUACUUUAUAUGAAUGCACAAUCUAGAAUGAAUCUGUCAUUUAUGACACACAAGACUCAAAAAGAAAUGGCACCCAAUAACAAGAGGAAGAGCGAGUCUCUGUCUGUGGUAGUCGAUGCAGUGCAGUAGCUAAGCUGCUUUACUGGAGGAUUUAGCCACAUAAUUUUCACUAGGUACUCUUUCACCUUUUGGCUGUAAACAUUCUGUCAUGUUCAUAUUUUUGAUUGCUUUGCUUUUUAUGGUACUUUGUGUUAUGGGCAUCACUAAACUAAUACAUCUGC